GUUUGAGAACAAAACAAAGAAAAUCUCCAGUGCCCCAUAACAUCUAAACAGCUGAGAAUUAUGAGUGCAUUAUAAAAUGUAGUUGCUAAGGUUUGCAGAACUACAAGGUCCAACAGCACUGAUUACCUUGUUUGGAAACUAUAUUCUUAGUUUUCUUAGAUUCUGGUAUAUUCUUCGGGUCUCCAGAACAGGGCAGCAGAAAGUGCUUUACUGCCCUCUGGUGGUUUGGAUUCGGAUGUUACCUUAUUUUUAACCCCUUACCUUUUAAUUUAAUGACAGUCCGAUUUACAUAUACGUUUAGGUACUUAUUUGAUUUAACAUUCAUUUUUUAAUUAACAAAUUUUGAAGAGCAACCACCAUUAUAAAAAAGAGUAAAAUAGAGCACGACCUUUUUAAAGCGGAAAUGUUCUUAAGAUAGUAUGGGUUUCUAAGGGACCUUAGAUGGUGUUACACACGAGUACUGCGCAUGGUGUUUUGUAUCAGCUGAAAGUUAGAUACUGCAAUCCAGGAGAAAGUUACGUUCGGAGCAGUUGUAGAAGCCUGCCUUGUCUCCACAGUGCAGAGCUGGUUUGUAGAUGUUGAACACCCUGGGGAAACGGGAGAGGUGUCGCUGAAGUCCUGACUGCAGGUGUGUCUUUUCUCCCCUCCUCCUCCUCUCCCGUGAGGACAGCUCGCUGCUGGACGGAUGGAAAGGCUGGAGGUCGCGUUCGCGGCCCUCGCUAUCGCCAGGCGAGCGGAGCCGAUGGCGGAGCCCACCUACCUCCUGGAGCUGGCGUGCGCGGAGCGGGCGGCCGGCUCCGCGGACCAGCUGGUCGCCGUGUCCUGCUCCGACUGCUCCAUCCGGCUGCACCACGGCCACACGCUGAGGCUGCUGGGGCGCUGCAGCGGUCACGGCGGCCCGGUGUGCGGGGUGAGGUUCGCCCCGGCCUCCGGCAGCCUGCUGUUCUCCGGCUCCGCCGACGGCACGGCGCGCUGCUGGGACGCGCGCAGCCCCGGCUCGGCCGCGGUUCAGGUGUUCCGGGGCUGCUCCGCGCACGCCUUCUGCAGCUUCGACGUCAGCCCCAGCGGCGCCGUCCUGUGUGCCGGCACGGAGCGGCUGGAGGAGGACAGCUUCCUGGUGUUCUGGGACGCCCGGAUGGCGGGGAGCGGCGCGGGCGGGGGGGCACCGUUAGGGGUGUACUCCGAGUCCCACAGCGACGACGUCACCCAGGUCCGCUUCCACCCCCGCGACCCGGACCGCCUGGCCUCGGGCUCCACGGACGGCCUGGUCAACGUGUUCGACAUCCGCCGGGGCUCGGAGGAGGAGGCCCUGCUCGGCACCUGCAACUCCGAGUCCUCGGUCAGCCGCGUCUGCUGGGCGGGCCGGGGGUACGGCCAGCUGCUGUGCCUGAGCCACGACGAGGGCGUGUACCUGUGGGACACGGCCCGGCUGGACACCGAGGAGCCCCUCACCCUGCUGAGUUCCCCUCGGGCCCGGGAGGCCGCGCCCAUCGAUGGGGGCGGACCCCUGGACUACUUCAUCGGCGGCGCCUGGCUGGAGGCGGAGGAGAAGCUGCUGGUCCUGGGCGGGACGCACCGCGGGGAUCUGUACCUCCUGGACUGCGGCCCCGGGGGGCUGAAGCAGGUGUGUGCCCUGCGGGGGGGCCACUCCGCCACCGUGCGCUGCUUCCACUGGGACCCUGAAGGGGGCGCUCUGCUCACCGGGGGGGAGGAUGCACAGCUCCUGCUGUGGAAGCCGGGUGCCGUGGAGCUGUCCAGCGACAAGAGAAGCUCUCUGAAGAGCGCCCCAGCCCUGCGGCACAAAGCCAGAGCUCGCGACAUCGGCAGUGGGAAGAGGGAGAAGAAAUGAGGGAUAGCGGUCUACCAGUGAGACAGGAGAUGAGGCUCCUUUGAAAUGCAGCAGGAAUAUGUCAUUAAGACGAGAUGGCACCCUGGAUUGUAGGGUAUGUGUCCAUGUAAGCCGUACAGGGUGAAUGAGAAAAGGCCUCUCCUCUGAUACAGUACGUAAUGAAUGAAUCGAAGAGCUGUAUGUUACCAUAUCAGUGCAUCUCGAAGGUGAUCCCCCUUAAACUACAACCUUUAAGGGGGUUGACUGUAUUUUCUACAACCAGACCUCACUCUGGUGCCCUCUAAUGGGCCUCUACAGAUGCUGUUUCAGACCCAAGGGUUGAGAAAAUGUGUGGGGAAGCAGAGAGCAAGGCAAGCCCCUGCAGUGUCUUUGUGCGCUUCAGAUGACUUGAACACUGAACGUUCAGGGAGUUGAUGGGGUGUACGGGGGUUCAGAAACAGCAGUCGUCUUUAUCCCGUUUCUGAUUUACUGAAGUUAAUAAAAUUGUACAAAACGAUACUUCAGACUGUAUUCUGAAAAUAAUUGAGAAUGACACUUAUUGACGUGUUUAACCCCUAAAACUGAAAAAACGUUCAGACACUGCUUCACCGGGGUUUGAUGGCAGGAAUCUCUGGAGCCCUAAUCGAAAGGUAGUGGGUUCAGAUCCUUGCUGUACACGCAGAGUACAAGUACUUCAUGCCAUAGACUUCAUAGACAUUCUCAGUCUGCUCAAGCAGCAAACAGCCUGGGAUAAGCUCAGCAGGAUGGGCUGCUAGUCUUGAGCGUGGACUUUCCCCAAGGAGCAGGAGAGUGCACUCUGCCUGAUUGGUCAUUUGUAACCACUGGCUGGUGAAUUGCUUCAUGCAUCUUUCCCAGUGGAUUCAGACCAUUCUGUUAGUGAUUAUGCAGAAGUUAGAAUGAUACCUGCCCUUUCUGAACGGUAUUUCUGAACGGUAUUUUGAAUGAUUUCAUCCAAACUGGAGUUUUAAUGCCGUGUGCUGUUCCGUGCUCUGCCACACGGACAUUGUUAUUUUGCCGAUCCCAGUAGCAGUGUACUUCCUGUGAAAGUCAGGCAGAUACCACGUCCUGUGAGGUGCCAUGUUCUUUGUUUGUUCUGCAGCAAAAAAUAACAUGAGUACGUGAUGGAAUUUGGAGAAAUGGCUCCAUUCUUUUCCACUGAAGUCAGUGGGACUGUCGAGCUGCUCUCUGUUCUGCAUUUGUCUGUUUUGACUCAUACUGCAUUAUUUGUCAUCGUUAAAAAUGGAUGAAUAUUACUGUGCAGCACAGAAGCCAAAUGAAAUACUGUGAGCAUGGUUGUUUUUGAAUGGCUAUAGUAGCAAUACACUUCAUUAACUUCAGGUUAUUAUACAUCUUUUUCCUAAAAUAAAAGCACGCUUAAAGGUUUUA